GUGAAAUUGAAAUUUUAAAAGUAUUUGAAUUUGUUUUCGUAUUCCGUGGGUUAUCUUUGUUAUUGAUAUUGAAUGUGUCAGUGAUUUUAUUUCAUUUAACUCAACUAAAUGUAGGUUGUAUGUGUUCAGGCAAUAUGUUAAAUCAAACAAAAUGUAUUUUUCCAUAAUAUGUACUGUUUGCAAUUUCCAAUUCCCAGAUUUAUCACUUUUAUCAUAUUUAUUUUACAAACACUAUAUCAAUAAUAGCUAUUUUUUGUUUGAUUUGGCAUAUGAGGAAGGAUAGUAAGCACUUAUAUGUAAUUGAAUUUCGUUACUAAUGUGCUGAGAUCAUUUCUAGCUUCCUCAUUUGACCUGGAGUAAAUUUUUAUUAAAUAACUGACAAAUUUUUUUAUAAUGUGUCUGGAUUCAAUGUUGGAAUAUUUUAAUAGACGAUUCUAAAUUUCAGUUCAAUGUUAAUUAUACCUUCGAACAAUUAUGAUGCAUUUAAAUUAUAUAUUCCAAUAUUUAAUCCACAUACUAUGUAAUUUCUAUUAAAGUGUAACUUGCAUUAAGUUUAACAAACAUUUACGUGGCAUUUUUACAAUGUUAGUUAUUCUAAUGGAAGGUAUACUAAAAUCAAAUGCAUUUUUACCCCUCUCAGUCCCAAUUUUUCGUCAUUACAGCAUAUAAACUGUAAUUUUUAAAUUAGUGGGUAUUUUUAUUCGUUGUUUUAAAGCGAAUAAGCGACGACCGUACAGUUUUAUAUAUAAUAAUCUCAGGACAUUUUAAUAAAUUUUGGGCUAAAAUGAAUAGGGGACAUUUCAUGCUGUUGACUUGCCGUGUAUGAAAAUGUAGAGUUAAUACCAUUUUUUACCUGCUAAAAACAAUUCAAAAUUUCUUAAAAUGUCCAAUAAUACCAGAAGGACGACGAAUAGUGCUACAUCGAAAUGAAGAGUUCUUAAUUUGAAGUGUUUUGUACAAAUUUACUGCUACAAUUUGGGGUAUUGUGUGUUUUGCAAUUGUGGAGAUAUUCUCUAAAAUUCACUUUUUAAGGAUCAUUAUUUUCAAAAAUACAUACAACAAUUUGAAGUUUUUUGCCUUUUACAUUUGUAAAUGUUUGCUGAACACCAGCAUCAGGAUUCUCGACAGUAGUGAUUCAUACUCUUAAGAAUUUCAUUAUUUGUUGACGAGCGUUUUUUUUUAUAACGGAAAAAAAUGUACUUCUACUUCAGAUUUAGUGUAGAUAUACAAUUUAAUUUACUUUGUUUAGGUACCGUGUUAUUUCUUAAAUGUAUGUAUUCCAGUUAUAAUUUCAAGUACAUACAUUGUUGAUUAAUUUACCUCCAUUUAACUUACCUAGCACACACUAGUCGACCUUUAAGUAAUUGGUUAUUUUGUUUAUUCAAAUUAAACCAAUGUAACCGUCUCUUUAAAAAUGGUAUUAAAUCUACAUUAUCGUUUGCGGUGAGUGGCAAUAAAUUUUAGUGCACAUGUGUCGGAAUUUAAGUGCGUAUCUACUCCCGAUUUCGGAUAAUCGGAGUAUCCAAAUAGGUUCAAACGGACGUGAAAUUACCGAUUUUGUAUCUUAUCGACUGCAUCGUAAAGAACGUUGGAAGGACGUACACAUCGUUAUUUAGCCAGAACAUCGUGUCUACGUUUUGCGGUGUUUUCAAAGUGGUUGACGAGAAAACGAGAGCCGAGAUGUACAAGCUUCGACAGACCUGGAACGACGUCUUUCCCCAAAUGAAGCUCUACGCCAUCGAUGUGCAGAUCAGCUUACUGGAUCCAGCUUGGCCUGUUACGGCCAAACCCCCAUCGAGCAGUAUUCACGUAAAUCCCAAAUUCUUCAAAAAUACGUCCUCUUCGUCGUUAAACACGAAAGCUGAAGCCGAAGCCAACAAGUUGAUUCCUCGGCCGGUCGAUAAGGAAACGCUCCUCAUGCAAGAGCAGUUGAUUCAAAAGCAGAAGGAACUGUUGGAAUUGCAACAGAAGAAGCUGGAAUUGGAGGUGCUCCAAACACAGGUGAAAUUACGCGAGCAGAUCACACAAGGCAGACCUCAGAAUAUUUUGUUGAAACCAGAAGUGGCUAAACAGUUGGUUCCCACACUGAGUCAUCAAAAACAAUCUGGAACCAAUGCUUCUUUGUUACAACAGCAGAAAUCCCAAACAGUUCCUACGAACGGUACUAAAAUAAAUCCGGUGAGCAGUGCUCUGAUAAACGCCCGGCCAGUGCGUGAUCCGAGACUGAUGAGGCAGCAGCAAAAGCAACCUCAAAGAGGUCAACAGCAACCGACAACGACGGUUGCGACGACGACCACACCGGCGACAGCACCAGAUGGUAAUGCAGACGGUCAGUUACAUCAAAGGACUUUAAUAGAAAAUAAUAAAAUUGUUACAAAUAAAGUGGGUGUUCGAAAAACUCGAAAUGAUCCUCGGUUAAUCAAUAAAGAUGAAGCCUCUACCCAAAAAACAAACACCUCAAAAUCCGCCAAAUCCUCGAAUUCAAAGUCCCACAAAUCCUCACGAUCUUCCUCCCAACGCUCGGGGGGCACUGCCUCCGAUUCGUCUUCUAAUAAAUCUACCUCUAACAGUUUGGAUAUAUCCAAAUCGAAAACAGAUUCAGUGAAAACCCAAUCGCCUUCUAAAAGUAAAAAGAAGGACAAAAGUGACGAUAAGAGACCCGCUAGUCCGAGUCCGAGGGAGCACAAACGCGAACGAUCGUCCGUCACUAAAAGCCCGACGUCCUUUAAAGGUAUUAAAUCGUUGAAAAAUCGCAACUACGUUAGAAGAAAUAUCGGAAGCACGAGUCCGGAGAUCGCAGCGCAGGACGAGGAUCUGAGGUCUUAUGGGCCGCCGGAAAAGCAACAGAGGUUGUUGCAUGGCGACCCUCUCGUCGAACCAAGUAAGAAUGUUUUUGAUUCCUUAUUGCUUUUUCAUUCACAAGUCGCAAAAGAGGAUUCGGAAUUUCGUGGUGGUUAUCGAGCUUGCACGCUUAAUUUAGAUUGUCGCUUAAAUUCGACGAUUUUAUCGAAUUUCAAUUGGUUUUGUUUUACAGUUAACGCUCAGAAUGUCGCGGAAUCCGCUGCGAAAGGAAUGGACGUCGAUUUCAGGCAACUACCGGCCGCUGUCGGGAAAAAGAGGAGUUCCACCGAUGCACCGGAAAGUACUGUGGGACACAAGAAAACCAAAUUUGAUAAGUUAUUCGGCGACGAGGACACCGAUUUGAGGAAAAUGUCGGUGAACGCGGAACCGCGACCGAAGACUCCACCACCCCCGAUCAUCUCCUCAACAGCAGCACCAAAAACCGAUUCUCCGAAGAGCAACUUGGACGCCGUUCGAGCCAAACUGGCGAACGCCACGAACCGAGACAAAGUCAUGGCCAUAUCAUUCAACAAGAAAAAGAUGCGAUUAGAAGACCAGGACCUCAGGCAGCCGAUUACCAUAUCACCGGAGGCCACGCAGAAGAUCAUCAUUUCCCCCGAGGACGAGAGCAACAUCAAGUCGGGCAACAUGACGAGCGAGGAGAGCAAGAAGCUCCUCACGAAGAUCAUCCUGCAAAUGGAGAAGAACAAACUCAAGGAGGCGAAGCGGAAAGAAAACGUAACGUCGCAAGUCGCUAGCGACGAGGAGAUUUUGGACAGCGACGAGGACCGCAGGAGGAGCGCCGUCGAGCCUUCGAUCAUCAACGAGGAUAGUUUGAUGGCUUUCAACGAUAAAGACGAGAGGGUGAUGCCGGGCGCCGUGCCGCCGCCGCCGUCGCAGGGCGAUUUCGUCGGUCGCUUCUUUCCGCGGGAAGACAGGGAGGUCAGGCGGUAUCCGAGCCCUAACAACUGGAGAGGCGGUCGCGGCGGUAGAGGAUGGGAUAACCAACAUUCCAGAGGGCCCGGUAGGCACUGGAACACUUGGAAAAAUCCGCCGUACGGCCAUAACAAUUUCGAUGAAGUUCACGUCCAAGACGACGAGAACAUUCUAACGGCAGACAUUCCGAACGAGGACGAGAUCAAAACGAUUCCCAUCGACGGGGUUUUAAGAGAUAUAAGAUAUUACGGCGAAACCGCGAUCGCUUUUAUCGAUUGGGACGAUCCGAGGGAUUUGAACUUCCACGACGGAGUGAGACAGAUCACUUUCAACGAUAAAGAAUCUUACAUGCUGAGUUUUAACGAACCCUAUAAAGAAAUUACGGUGGAUGGAAAACCUCAUUUGGUCCGAUUGGGUGCUCCCACCAGGGAGGUCUUUAUCGAUCGGGUGCCGUACGAGUGUAUGUUUGGUAGUGGUGGAAUACGCGUCGAAUUGGACGGGGUCCCUACAAAAGUACAAUUAGAUGGUCCCGUGCCCCAAGUAAAUAUCGGCAAAGCGAAAAGAACUGACUUAGUGGCGGGCAAAAUAAAUUUGAUCAUUAAUGCAAUGGUCGUGGUGCCGGUGUUUUUGGACGCUAAAGUACAAAAAUUUGUUCUCGAUAACGAGACGAGUACUCUGAAAUUUGUAGAUGCAUUAAAAACUGUUUUAAUAAAUGAUGUUCCUUUUACUGUUGAAUAUGGUGGUCUUCCUAAACCUUUUAUUAUCCACGGUAAAAAGCAUUUUAUCAGAUUUUCAGUAUUACCGAAAGGCAUUAAACCUGGGAGAGUUCAAAUUAUCGAUAUGGAAGGCGAAGGCAGCAUCAGCCCUCGAAUCGACGAGAACAGUCAAGAUAGCAUGACUCCCUCGGAUGCUUACGAUCCAGGCAUGCCUAUUGCUGGUAUGCUAGACAACAAACCAGUCGGUAAUGAAUCGCCCGAUAGGAAUUCUAACUCUCCUAAUUUCAUCCAGAAACUCUUGCAACAACAACAAAACAAUCUCGACGUUCUCUCCAACUCAAUCAUCUCGCCAUCGAAGCCAUUACCGGUAACCGGCGGGUACCAAUGCGAAAACGACCAAGGCUCGCAGAGCCUGCCGGUAGCUCAAACCGCCGCUCCUCUGCCCGCCCCCGCGAUAAACAUCAACGACUUGUUCCAAAAACUCGUCGCCUCCGGUUUCGUCACAUCGUCAUCGGAACCGAAGAAGCUCAACGAGCCCGCCCAGGCUCCGGCGCCGCCUCUGGCCAAGAAAAAGGAACCCACGCCGCCGCCCCCGGUUCCCAAGCUGCAAAUUCCGACCACCAAAGCGCCGAGCUUGAACCUGAACUUCCAAAUACCUAAAGUGAAGAGAAACCCGUGCGCCAACAUGAAACCGAUUACGUUCGAUCGACCGGAAUCGCUGAGAGUGCGCCAAAGCGCUUUGUAUCACACGCUAUAUUCCGGCAUGCAGUGCAGCAGUUGCGGGAUGCGUUUCUCGCCAGAGGCCAGCAUGCAAUACAGCCAACACUUGGAUUGGCACUUUAGGCAGAAUCGCAAAGGAAAGAGGAACAGCAGGAUAGCGACCAGCAGAAAAUGGUACUAUUCUCUAAGCGAUUGGAAGAACUACGAAGAACUGGAGGAUCUCGAAGAGAGAGAAAAAAAUUACUUCGAUCAGCUACAGCAAGCCGAGAACGGCGGCGACGACGCGGAAGAAGAGGUCGAAGCGCCGAGCGUCGCCGCCGAUCCGGAUAGCACUCUGGAAUGCUGCAAAGUGUGCCACGACAAGUUCGAUCAGUUCUUCCACGAAGAAAAGGAAGAGUGGCACUUGAAGAACGCCAUCAGAGUGGACGGAUACACCUACCAUCCGCUGUGUUACGACGAUUAUCUGCAGUCGUUGAACGAGCAAGCGGCCGAGGAGAGCAUUGUGAAAGCGCCGGAGGAGCCGGAGAAGGAGAGGCAGCGCGACGAUGAAACCGCCAUACCCGGUUUGGAAAUUGUUAUCGACGAUGAUGACGAGGAAAUGCAAGAGCCGCCUAAGCCUGAUGAGGCCCAGUCUCUCGAAAGCGAGGAGUCGAAAGUGCAGGAAACCGUGGAUAAAGAGCCUGAAGAAUCUGCCAAAGAAGAGGAGGAGGAAGAUGGUGAUGAUGACGAUGUUAUAUUGAAUGAGGUGGCGCCUAUAAAAAUAGUUGUCGAUGAUGAUGACGACGAGCCCGAGAAAGAAUCUAACCCCACACCGCCUCCUCCACGCAGGAUGACCGAAGAUGAUGGCUUCGUGGAAAUAGCUGGGCUUGUAAGCCUGCCGAACGGCAAACAUGUCAAAAUAAAGGCCGAACCAAUUGAUAAAGAUCUCGACGAUAUUCCAUCGACGCCCGUUCUACCCGAAGAGCCGACGAUGAUCGUGGACAUCGAGGGAUCGAACUCGACGCACUCGUCGCGGGACCUGAUGGCCUCGAUAGACGGCAACGUGGACGUAGCGUGCAGCAUCGCGUCGACGGUGUCGGGCGCGGGGCUGGGCGGCAACAAGAUAAAAAUUAACAUUAGCAAACCAUUACCUGUGAUAACGAAAGAGAAGGAGCCGCUGCUCGGCAUCGACGUACCGUCGGAGACGUACAUCGAUCCGUUCGAGCCCUUCCCGCCGGGCGAGGAGCCCGAGCCGGUGACUUUGAAGCCGGCGCUCAAAGGCAUCAGGUUGGCGAAGGCGCCGCCCGUCAGGAAGGGCACGGAGCUGACGGGUUUGUGUUCUAUUAUGUGAUUGGCCUUAGUAAUUUUGUUCUUGUAUAAAUUGUAUAAAGCAACGGGGGAUGGUCGACGGAGGAAAAAAUAUGGGCGAGUUUGUUGUAAAUAUUUUUUUGGUUUUCUUGAGUGUGUAUUUUUUUCUUUUUCGAUUGUCGCCGAUCUCUUUGAAUUAAAUGAUUAACUGAAUUGUUUUAUGAUUUUGGAGGUAAUUCUAAUUUUUUUUAUUGCAAAUUUGUAAAUAUUUAAAUAUCUCGAGGUUCUUUAUUUGUUUGGAUGCGCAAUGGCUCGAACGCGUUCGGGCCAGACAUUGUUUGAUGAGAAACGUAUUGUUAUUUGUUACAAAUAAAUAUUUUUUUAAAAACUUGCGUAUAUAAUUUUGAUUAGUGGGAUUUAUAUUGGAAUGAAGAAUUAUAAAAUUAUCUUACUAAACUAUGUGUAUAAUUUUACUCAUAAAAAUAAUAAAUUAGUUCAAACCGU